AUGCCGCCCCAGUCAGGUGCUAGUGUGGGAAAGCCAGAACAUGAUUCCAGCGCUGGACAACUUUUCACCUGGGGGGAGAUAGUACUCCGCUCUGGCAAGGGCAAAUCAAAAGAAGAGAAAUGGCUGGUCAUCAACAGGAAAGUGUAUGAUGUCAGCCAGUUCUUCAGGCGGCACCCUGGAGGAAUGAGUGUCAUCAGCCAUUAUGCAGGACAAGAUGCCACGGAUGCUUUCACAGCUUUCCACAAGGAAGAGGACCUAGUAAAGAAGUACUUGAGUUCACUGUUAAUUGGAGAAUUGGCACCUGAUCAGCCCAGCUCAGAGCCCACCAAAAAUGAAAUGCUCAUACAUGACUUUCGAGAGCUACAUGAUACAGUGAAGAAGACAGAACUCCUGAAGACAAAUUAUCCUUUCUUCAUCUUCAUGUUUCUCCAUGCUUUACUGCUAGAUAUUGCUGCCUGGCUUGUUAUCUGGUACUUUGGAAAAUCCUGGGUACCCUUCCUUGUUGGUAUUGCACUAUUUACUAUCGCACAGAACCAGUAUGGGUUUCUUCAGCAUGAUCUCGGACAUGUUUCAGUCUUUCAGAAGCCCAAGUGGGAUAGACUAGCUCACCUCAUCGUUGCAGGAGUACUUAAGGGUGGGCCGCCCAGCUGGUGGAAGCAUAUGCAUAACCAGCAUCAUGCCAAACCCAACUGUUUCCGCAAGGACCCGGAUCUCAACAUGCACCCGCUGCUGUUCAGCCUGGGGAAGACACUCUCUGUGGAGCUUGGAAAAAAGAAGAAGAAAUAUAUGCCUUACCAGCACCAGCACAAAUACUUCAUGCUUUUAGCCCCACUGACUUUCGUAAUUUUUGUGCAAGUAAUAAUCUUUCGCUUUGCAAUUCAGAGGAAAAAAUGGCUGGAGCUCGCCAUUGUUGUGUUCUACAACAUCCGCGUCUGUCUCAUGUACAUUCCUUUGAUGGGAUUUAAGAGUUUCAUGGCAUUCUACUGGCUGGCCAGGUUUUUAGAAAGCACCUGGUUUCUCUGGGUCUCACAGAUGAAUCACAUCCCAAUGAAUAUUGACUAUGACCAAAAUUUGGAUUGGGUCUCUGCCCAGCUUGCAGCAACAUGUAAUGUGGAUCAAUCCUGGUUCAAUGACUGGUACACUGGACACCUGAACUUCCAGAUUGAGCAUCACCUUUUCCCAACCAUGCCUCGACACAACUAUUGGAAGGUGGCUCCUCUGGUGAAGUCUCUCUGUGCCAAGCAUGGUGUUAAGUACCAGUGCAAGCCACUGCUCACAGCCUUUGCAGAUAUAUUGCGGACUCUGAAGGAAUCAGGGGAACACUGGCAAGAUGCUUAUUUCCACUGAUUAAAAACAGGAAGAGCUCCUAAAAAG